AUGUUUAAAUCGCAGCAAAUGGAUCUUCCACUUUUUGUUGAACAAAUACCUGCAAUUAUCGAAUUUGUUGAACCAUCCAAUGUUGCUAUUCCUUUUCGUGAACAAAUUCGAAUCAUAGCGCAACCCGAACAAGAGUACCAUGCACGAUAUCGAGCUGAUUUUGACAGAGAAAAGAAACGUGCACCACGAUAUAUUCGAUCAGGAGCAAAAAAUUUUGAAUAUCCAACAAUUGAAAUUCCAUCAAAAUAUUGUGAUCCAAAUUCUAAACUAUAUAUUCGUGUGUGUUUAGUCACAGUGCCUCAGACGGACAGGGGAAUCUACUAUAUUCAUCCGUAUUCGUUAGAGACACCAGAACCACUUACAGGUGAUAUAAUUCAAAAUUCAGAAGAUAACGCCAUUUAUUUCCCAAUUACACAAACAGAUUUAAACUCAGGCGGUAUUAAGAGGUUAGUAAAUACGUGAUUAUUAUUAACUAGUAUCUCACAAUAAUCCUAGUAAGUAACUUACUCGACUCUUGUUAAGAAUCAGUUUAUUGUGAUAGUUUCUGACAGCCAGCGGCUCAUUUUAGAUUAGACGUUUGGAUGAGUUAUUUUGAUGGACACUCAUGUUGAUAUGAAAACAUGAUACGACACGCUCUAAUAAGUUUCUUUUCUUAAAAAGCUAUAGCAAUAUAAAAAUUUCUGUUGAAAGUACCCAAAACACCGUGAGUUUGAAAAAAAUUUCUCAAUAACAAUUCGUUGGAUACAGCGACAUUACCGCGAUCGACAUUACCGCGAACGAUAUUACCGCGAACACAAAAAACGACAUUGCCGCGAAUACAGAGAACGACAUUACCGCGAAGACUUGUUUGUUGGAAAAGCCGAAUAAAUGAGGCCGGUUUUGUAUUUUGUACAUCAUGUUUUCAAACUUAACUGACGUUAUGUGGGGACUAGUCAUUAUCUGAUACAGCCACAGAUAUCUAGUUUCCCAUUACGGUAAUAUGUUUUAUGUGAAAAUACUUUUCGAACUCACUCUCACAAUGCCCGCUCCCCACCUCCCACCUCCCUCCACAUGAUAUACAAAGUACAAAACCAGGCUCAUUUAUUCUUCUUUUCCAAUAAACGAGUCUUCGCGGUAAC